AAUUAUUUAUUCAUUAAAAGAGAGAGAGAGAGAGAGAGAGAGAGAUUGGAGUAUCCGUUGACCAAAGUAGAGUUUUUGGUUUGGGGUUGUGUCCGUUUAGUUAGUUUCUGCUGUGUUAAAUGAUAUGUCUGUCGUCUGAAUAUUCCUGCUCCACAGAGAGAGAGAGAGAGAGAAGAGAGCUACGAUGCGAUGCGAUGAGAUGAGGUGAGCGCCAAAAUCGUAUAAAAGGAGAACCCCACACGAAACUUCUUCUUAAACCCAAACUUUUCUUCUUCUGCCUUCAACCAUUAACAACAGUCUACUUUCAUUCUUUCUCCCUUGGUCUUGCUCAGUUCCUCUGCCCCAGACUCACUCAUCCAUCUCCCUCCCAUGGCUCCACCCUCUUUUAUCUCCAUCUUCUACUGCUUAAUCCAGUUCACUCUCCUCUACCACUCCUUUGCCUCACCAUCCUCCGAGGCCUUCCAUGCCUCCUCCGACUCUCGUCGUCACCCCAUGGUCCUUCCGCUCUAUCUAUCGCCUCCUAAAUCGUCCUCUCAACGCCGAGAGUUUGAGGGCCGCCGUCUUCAUAAAUCGGACCAGCCUAGGCCUAAUGCUCACAUGAGGCUCUACGACGACCUUCUAUCCAAUGGAUAUUAUACGACGCGGCUAUGGAUUGGGACUCCUCCCCAGGAAUUCGCUCUCAUUGUUGAUACGGGAAGCACUGUGACUUACGUGCCCUGUUCUGAUUGUGAACAGUGCGGGAAGCAUCAGGAUCCUAGGUUCCAGCCGAAUUCAUCUAGCACGUACGAACCUGUAAAGUGUAAUAUGAAUUGUAAUUGCGAUAAGGAUGGGGUUCAAUGCACUUAUGAGCGGCGGUAUGCUGAGAUGAGCUCAAGCAGUGGUGUCCUUGGUGAGGAUAUUAUUUCUUUUGGUAAUGAAAGUGAACUUGUACCUCAGCGUGCGGUUUUUGGGUGUGAAAAUGUGGAAACUGGUGAUCUAUAUAGCCAGAGGGCUGAUGGAAUAAUCGGUUUGGGUAGAGGACGGCUAAGUGUGAUGGACCAGCUUGUUGACAAGGGUGUUAUUGGUGACUCGUUCUCAUUAUGUUAUGGUGGGAUGGGUGUAGGUGGGGGUGCUAUGAUUCUUGGUGGAAUCUCUUCUCCCCCUGAUAUGGUAUUUACCCACUCAGACCCAUACCGCAGUCCAUACUACAAUAUUGAUUUGAAGGAAAUACAUGUGGCCGGGAAACCAUUGAAAUUAAGCCCAAAGGUCUUCGACAGAAAGCAUGGAACUGUCUUGGAUAGUGGAACUACAUAUGCUUAUCUUCCAGAAGAAGCUUUUUAUGCAUUUAAGGGGGCAAUUACGAGGGAACUACAUUCCCUUAAACAAAUUCAUGGUCCAGACCCUAAUUAUAAUGAUAUUUGUUUUUCAGGUGCUGGAAGGAAUAUUACUCAACUAUCAAAAAAAUUUCCACAAGUUGAUAUGGUAUUUGGCAAUGGGCAAAAGUUGUCUCUAUCUCCAGAAAACUACUUGUUCCGGCAUACGAAGGUUAGUGGUGCAUAUUGCUUGGGAAUUUUUAAAAAUGCCGAUCAAACUACUCUUUUAGGAGGAAUUCUUGUCCGCAAUACCCUUGUGACUUAUGAUCGAGAAAAUGAUAAGAUUGGUUUUUGGAAAACUAAUUGUUCUGAACUUUGGAAGAGUUUGAACUAUCUCAGUUCUCCUCCUCCAGUUACUCCCUCGGAUUCUGGCAGCUUGAAUGGAAUCACAGAAAUUCCUCCAAGCGCAGCUCCUGAUGGAUUGCCAAAAAAUGAUUUUUCAGUUGAAUUUCAGAUAGGACAUAUAUCUUUUGAUAUGAAGCUUGGUGUGAACAAAUCAGUGAAGCUCAAUUUUACAGAGCUUACAGGGUUAAUUGCCAAUGCACUGGAAGUUAAAGUUUCACAGGUUCACUUAACAAACUUAAAGGUUGAAGGAAAUUCUUCACUUAUUACAUGGGCCGUUUAUCCUGUUUCCAAUACGACUGCAAUGAGUAUAAUUUUGCGCUUGAAGGAGCAUCAUAUGCAGCUCCCAAAAAAAUUUGGAAGUUACCAGCUGGUUGAGCUCAAAGUUGAGCCUCAAAAGAAACACAUUGCAGAUCAUGGUGGAAGCAUCAUCAUAUAUUGGCGGCGACUAUUGGAGUUACAGUUACCUUAGCUUUUGGAUUAUUAACAUUAGGGAUGUGGUUGUUUUGGAGACACAAAAGACUAGAGGUUGGUUCAUAUGAACCUGUUGGCGCCAUUAUUGCUGAACAAGAGCUUCAGCCACUUUAAAAGGAAAAAUGUUAAUUGAAGAUUGAUCAUUUUGUAUAGUGUCUUCAUAGAUAUAUAUAUUGUAUACUUAGUGAGAAAAAUCUUUCACUAGGCACCUCGAGAACGUUCUACCAAUAUUUGGUUGAUUUGGAGAUGAAAUAUGCCAUCGCUCCAUCUGUAUAACGAACAUAAUAGAAAAAAUAACACAAAAAAGUUUAUGAAAAUGCUCAAGAUUUUCUCGAAAAGUCUUGACCUUUUUUCAUUUAUUUUAAAA